AAACUUGAGGAGACUUGUACUGAGGCUAUGAUAGGAGGAGUCUCUGCAAUUCAACUGCGUGAUAUUGAGGGCAACGCUGCUGACUUUCAUAAGGCAGCAAUGCGACUCGUCAAGAUAUUGAAUCAAAAGUGUCCUCUUAUAAUAAACAGAGAUAUUGAAUUGGCGCUGAAAAUUGGAGCUUCAGGUGUUCAUUUUGCAGAAUCGCAGUUAGAAGACCAGGCUACGAAGGAAACGGCUAUCAACUCUCAACUUUUGGUAGGCAUAUCUGUACACAGCAUAUCAAGUGCACGGAAGGCUGUAGAAUGGUCUCCUGGUUACAUUCAGGUGGGUUCUGUCUUUAACACACGGAGCCAUCCAGGACAACAGCCAUUAGGCCUUUCAAGGUUAAGGGAAAUUCGGAAAUCGAUUCCUUCCAGUAUUCAACUAGUCGCAGUUGGAGGAAUUCAUUUGGAAAAUGUUCACAAGGUUAAGAAAGAAGGUGUUAGCAAUAUUGCAGUUAUUUCUGCAAUUGCACACAAUUCCAAUCGUGUAGAAUACUGUAGGAAGUUAAAGAAGCUUUUGGGUUCAUGAACCUUUAUAGUUACUCGUUGAAAUUAAGGAUUGUUCCA